AUGUCCAACUCUGAACUGGAACUGUCUAAGAGCUUCCACAAACGGAGCAGACUCAAUAUCUCCAACGGUACCACCAAGUUCAAUGAUACAGACAUCUGGCUGCAUUCCAGAAGGAUCAACAGGGAUUCUAGCAACUCUCUCGAUCCAGUCUUGAAUGGCGUUGGUGAUGUGUGGAACAACCUGGACAGUCUUACCCAAAGAGAUACCCAAGUAACGCUCAUAAUUUCCCAAAUCCAAAUCGACUUCUCCACCAUCAUCCAAAACGAAACACUCACCAUGUUCCAAAGGAGACAUAGUUCCUGCAUCAAUGUUAAGGUAAGGGUCAAUCUUGAUGGAAGUGACUCUUAG